GAUACACGAAAAUAAUUAAGUGUAGUAAUAGUGAGGAUUUUGACAGGAUUUUGACUGAGAAAUGCUAGAAUUUGCUCGUUUAGAAUGCCAAAACGCAAUAAUAGAGUUCCGAAAGAAUCUGAUCGAGAAAGAAGACCUCCAGAAUUGACGCUAGCAAGCUUUCUGAGCGGUUCCUUGGCUUCGCAAACUUCAGUUGUCAGCGAAGGAGCUUCUUCCUCAGAUCAACUGGAUUUUGUAGGAACGAGGUCAACUUCAAAAGAGGAGGAAAAAACAAACGAAACUAUUGGAUUUGCCGUCAAACGCACAAAGAAAGGGAAGAUUCCAAUUUCGUACGAAAAUCGCGCCAAAGGGAAGAAGGUCACAGUUGUAAGUAACGUUACCGGCGAUCCUGGCAUUUUAUUACAAGAACUUAAGAAGAAAAUCGGAGCUGGUGGAGUCGUUAGAGGGGAGACUGUGGAGAUACAGGGAGAUCAUCAAGUUUUGGUGGAGAAGUUUUUAACUGGCCAUCCCUGUUUGAAAUAGAAGCCUUUAUUGGAGAGUACAAAAAUUUCCUGUCCCCCUACCCGCUGGAGAACAUUUUUAUCUACCCACAGAUCCAUGCGCGUCAAAACUCAAGAUGGCUGCCGACAUGACUUAACAAAUUUUGGACGAUUUUGCGCGAAAUUUGGUUGCAUUUGAUUGAAAUGAAACUGAGAGCUGUCUUGAAUAAGCGUAGAGAAGUGCUCGAAUUGUCAGGAGAUGCAAUAACCUUGAGUCACUGUCGCCAAGCUGUCCAAAGAAAAUUUGGUUUGAGGUAAUGACGACACAAGCGCACUGCAUUAUUUUUUUUUAAUUUGUUUUGAAUAUUCAGUAAUUUCUAAUUCUUGUUGAAAUUUUCAGAGAAAACAGCUUUAAUCUGAGCCUGAAUGGGAAAGAUAUUUUAGAGAAUGACUCUGUACUCCUCAGAGACCUGGGAAUAGUAAAUGGUGACUUGAUCCACGUUCUGCUCAACAACGAUGAGGAAGAAAUAACAUCAGAUAACCUUAGUGUUCCUGGUUCUUCAAGAUCUACUGUGCAUAGUACUCGCACACCCUCCUUUCACUCCACAGAACCGGUAGCUGGUCCAUCCCAGGUAAAGUGAUUUGUUUUAACUCUUUCACUCCCAAGAUUUCAUUUGUAAUUCUCCUUACUGUGAGCCAUACAAUAAUCUUAUGAUCAAUAUUAGUUCAGAGAAAUUGGUAUUGGAUCAACCCUUAACCCUUUAAUUUUAGUUUUUCUAUAUUCUCAUCACUUGUCUGCUUGAUAUUGUAUUGAUAUUGUAAGGAGAAAUGCUGUUUUGGUCAGUCAUAAGAGUUAACUAAGAAGGGUUUUAACCCUUAAAAUCCAAGCACAGGUAGUUUCUAGCUAACCCUUCAUCAACAAGUGUGUUCUAAGUUGUCUUGCUCUGUUUGCUGGAAGGUCAAUUUCUCUGGAAAUGUAAAACAAGAUCAAUCAAACAGCAGAUUUGUUUCCAUUAGUUCAACCCUUUACUCUCAGAAGUGAUUAACAUAUAACUUCUCCCCAUAAUAUCCAUACAGGAUCUAGCAAACAGGUCAUGAGAUUACUCGGACUUAUCAGGUUUAAGUUGUUACAUUGAUCUAACACCAACUUCUCGUAACUAAUUUACGAAGAAAUGAGUAGUAGAAACAGGGGAGAAUUUACAAUCAGAACUUGGGAGUUAAAGGGUUAAAAAUGUAUUUAUUUUUUCAAAAAUUUUUUUUUUUGCGCCAUUAAUGUAGGCAUCAAAGUGUUUUCUUGAAUUUGUCCUAACUGUUUUUGUUAUGUAUAUGGGCACUAGGCAAGGUCAGUGUUGUCUACACAUGGAAAACAACAUGAUGAACAGAGUAAAGAAAAAACCAGAGAGGUAGGAACUGAAAAUGUUCAGCAUCGUCCAGGAUCUUUUUCAUUUGUGUCAAGUGCAGGAUCUGUGUCAUCUGUCAGAUCUCUGGUUCUUUGUCGGGAAGGAAUUCCACCUAUGUUAGAAGACUUAUAUAGAGCUACAGGGGUUGGAACCAUUCACCAGGCUGCAUGGGUUGUUAUUCGUGUUUUGAUGUUAGAGACUGGUUUUAUCUGUGAGUCAGAGGUAAGUUGUAAUUGCAUUUCAGAUCAAAUGCAACCCUUGGUUAAAUGUGGUUUCUAUAAAUUACCAUAUUAUUAUUUGUGGAAUGAUCUUCCGGGCUCUAUCAGAAACACCCAAUCUUUAAACAAGUUUAAGAAGGCCAUUAAAACUUUUUUAUUUGCCAAAGCUUUUUAAUUCUUUGUAUCUAAUUUCAUAUUUUUACAUCUUCUUAGUGAUCAGUUUUAUUUAUUUAUUUAUUUUUUUAAUUUUUUUUUUUUUUUUUUUUUUUUAGUUUUUUUGUAUCUAUGUAGGGGUUGAGUUUUUAACAUUUAAUUGUAAUGCGCAAUUGAAAAUUCUUAUAUUGAUAAUUGUGCAAUAUAAGUCUACAAAUUAUUAAAUUAUUAUUAUUAUUUUUUUUUUUAUUACUAUUAUUAUUAUUAUUAUUAUUAUUAUUUGAAAUGUGAUGGCUCAAUGAUAAUGGGUGGAGAGGUUCCUGUUUGAGGCCUGACUGGAUCAUUGUGUUGUGCUGUGUUCUUGGGCAAAACAGUUUACUUUUUAAGUAAUUUGGUAUUAGGAACUCAGGUGUUAAUGUAAAUUGGCCAGUGUAAAGAUUUUCAAAGCUGACAUUUUGAGCGUUACACCCUCGUCAGAGCAAAUAGAGAAACUCUUUACGUUGGCCAAUUUAUGUUAUCAACUCACUUGAUAACACUAAAUUACGUUGUUAACAAACCAACAAUCAAAGCAAAAAACAAAUAAAAACAAUAAGAUGCAAAGAUAUAUACUCUUGCCUAUCAUUUCUGCUAUGCCUGGACAAAAAUAUCAACCAAGCCUUGUGUACAAUGCAGAAAAACCUUACAGAUUCUACAGACUUUGCAAAUCAACAUUCACACCCUUUUGCAUCAACAGAGAUUCUGAACUCACAAUGUGCACUAAGAAUUAACUCAGACAGCAGUUACACCAACAGUCUGUCAUGUAAAAGAAACUAAAGCUUCUUUGGGCAUUAAUCCUCAGGAACCAACAGAAAUGGGGAAAGUGAAGGAACUGAACAGAGAUGAACCUUCUAAGGCAUGGAAGACAGGUGGUGUUGUUAAAGUGAUGUACACACAUUCAUCGUGUCCUGGUUUAACCUGCUCUCUGACGUGCACCUCUCUUGGUCCGUUCAUGAUGCUACAUGGUGAGCACUCAUCAUUGUUGAAUAUUGUUGUCAGGGUACAGAUAUACAAUUAAAUAUUUUCUUUCUUGCUCUUAGGUCACACUAAUUCAGUUGCAAAAAGUGACAUUUAUCAAUGCAAGUUACAACCAACUGACUUUGUCAGGGGAAAUGUGGAUCUCAAAACAAGUGGUGAGUGCUAAUAUACAUAAGGUACUACUAGCAGUGAUGUUGUGAAUAGAUCAGUAUCAGUGCUCCAAGGUGAAAGCCUUUUGAGGCCCAUGCUAGCUAGAAAAAUUGGGCUUCUAAAUUUACAAUGCUAGUCAACUUGAGUUCAGUGAUCAUUUAGCAAGUUGUGAUGUUUUAUAUCCUAGUUUUUGUUCUCAAAGUAAGAUAAACAUUUUCAUAAAAUAUCACUCAUACUCUGUUGCUUUCUUUUAUGAAAAUUUGCCCCUUUUUCCUUGGAUAUGAAGAAAGGAUUUGGCAAAGAAUUACUAAAUUCAAUUUCCUGAUUUUUAUAAUAGCACAAAUAGGGAAACUUAGUAUUUUACAGUCAGUGAUAAUUUCCCUUUUUUUUAUCAUUUUCUACAGGAGCCUUGUCAGUGUAUUAUAACCUUCAUCGGCUGUCAAGGUUAUUUAAGGAUCAAGUUGCUUAUCCAUUGUUGUCCUUUAUGAGAGCUGGUGAGGCAGUUUUCCUGUUUCAGUGGUUGGUUUUGUUAGGUUAAUCUUUUAACUUUGAAAAGUGAUUGACAUUUCACUUCUUGCUGUAACAUGCAUAUGUCAUCCAGCUAACAGGUUAUGAGAAUACUCCAACUUAUCAGGUAGAAAUUGUUGUCUUGAUCUGAUACCAAAUUCUCAUAACUAAUUUACUUGGAGAUGUGUAGCAGCUAGAAGGGAGAAUUUACAAUUAGAUCUAGAGAGUUAAAUGGUGAAUAUUGAUUCCAAAACUUCAUGAUAUAUAUGAUAAAUAAAUUCAUGUACAUCCAUACAGUUGUAUGUGCUUAAUGCGCUAAAAAACUCAUGCAAGGUGCAAAUGAAAUGCUUGAAAGAACAACUGGCAAGUGAGAUUCAAGUUUAGAACCUAAAGAUACAAAUGGUUCACUUAGGAGUCGCCAUUUCUACCAAAAGAAAUGAUCAACAAAUGGUUUCAAUUUGCUUGAUCUUUAUUUAUUGAAGGUUUUAGGUGCUUUUGAGACCUUACACAACCCAGUGCAUUCCCUCUGAAAGCAGUGCUCCUGUGUAUAUGUGCCACACCUACAGUUUUCAGCUCAAUGCAGCUUUUACAUAAAAUUUUUAUGGUAUUUUAUGAACAAUUUUAUAGUAAGUUAUGAUUAAUAAAAUAUCUUCAUGAUAUUGUUUUCUGACUAGGAUCUUAUUUCACUCUAAUUGUUAAUGAGGUAUCAUAGAUAUCACUAAGUCUUCUUUUUUGUAGUUUUGAUGAUGUGACAAAUUUGGUGUAGCUUAAAAUUUUUUCAAACUUUCUUAUUUAUUUCUGUCAUGUUAUUAUUUUACAGCUCUAGGACUACCACAGUUAUGUGGUUUUAUGGCUGUACCUGCAGAAGUUAAGGUACACAAAAUAUUUUUUCUUUUUUAGUAGUUUGUAAAUCUCUUGGUAAAGUGUAGCUCUAAUGAUAUCUUUGACAUGUCAAGAGACAAGUAGAAUAUUUUUCAUUGGGCUAAGGUCAUGAUCUUGUGGUAGGAUUGGUGGAUUUCUCUCCAUGUUGUUUGUGUGCCCUUUGGGAUGAGAUUUACAGUAAAUGUCAGGCAUUGAACUCUAGAGCUUACAUGCUUCUGAAAAUUACAACUUUGCUUGAUCAAUAUGGCAAUUUAUACAGAAACUAAAACAUAUACUUUGUUCUUCUCAUGAUUUCCUUAUUGAAAACAUUUUUUUUCCCUUUCAGCUGAUGAUUCUUGGAAAUCUUCCAGUUCAGAGCAUUAUAAAUGUUUCUUGCACUUGCAGAGAACUGAGAUCUCUUUCAAGUGAUUCCACAUUAUGGCAGCACCUUGUGUUGAGAGAUUUUGGUAAGAUGCAGCUUGAGAUAAAAAUUGGGUGCCUUUGUCCCCCUUCCUUCAAAGAAGGUCACAAAAAUAAAGGGAGUGAUCUCCAACUAAAGAAGCUCUUGAUUUUCAAACAAAUUAUCCUCGUCAGCACUUUAGGAAAUUUACAGACAACAACAGGAAGAAUGUGCAUACCUAUUUAUGGGGUGUAAAUAGUUAACAACAUUCAGAGCAGACAUAGCUGUGAGGAUUGCUGUGACUUUGCUGUACUUCCCUUUGUGAAAACUCACACCAUCUUCUCAAUCAAUCAGAUUCAAACUAAAACCUUACUGGUUCCUUGUGGAAAUAUCUUCACCUCUGAUAAGUGGUUGUGAAUACUUUGUUUUUGGUUCAAACUUAAUCAAACUGUCAAUCAGAUUCAAACUAAAACCUUAUUGGUUCAAAUAUCUUAAUCAAGUGGUUAUCAAUACUUUGUUUUUGGUUCAAACUAUCAAAGAUUCCUAAAACCUUAUUGGUUCCUUGUGGAAAUAUCUUCACCUCUGAUAAGUGGUUGUGAAUACUUUGUUUUUGGUUCAAACUUAAUCAAACUAUGCCCCACAUCUUGAUUUCAGAUGCAAGUGUUAAGGAACAAACCAGAAGCUGGAAGGCAGUAAGUAUUUUGUAUUCGCCCUUUAACUCCUAGAGUUGAUUAACAUGUAACUUCUCCCUAUAAUAUCUGUACACUAUCCAGCAAAUAAGUAAUGAGAAUAAUCAAAAUUAUCAGGUAGAAGCUGUUAUCUUGAUCUAAAACCAAAAUUCUCAUAACUAAUUUAAAAGGAAAUAUGUAGCAGAUAGAAGGGAGAAUUAGCAAUCAGAUCUUGGGAGUGAAAGGGUUUACUCCAUGUUCUCCAAACUAUGAGUGAUUGUUGAAAAUUAAUAACCAAUUUUAUUAUAUCUCUCAGUUAAUAUGUGGGCUAUGAUUGGUCAAUUAGCAGGCUGUAUGUCACUGUACAGCCCACUAAAUUCAAAAGUUGGUUUUAAUUUACCAUAUUUUAACCCAGAGAUAUAAUAAACAUCUUGCUAGCUUUGAUUUCUUGGUCUCUACUGUAAGUUACAGAACCUUGUUUCUUUGUUAACACCUUGGUUUGUUGUCAUUAGUACAUUCUGAAAGGUGUGUGUAUCCCAAAAGUCCUGUAAGGUUCAGCACCCAUAACAGUUUUCACAACUCAAAAGCUAAUAAAGGAUGAAAAAGCAGACAGAAUGAAUGCAAGCCUAGUGGGAAAACUUAAUUCUUCUGAAGCUUUCCUUGGUUCACUGUGCAUUUAGUGUCUUGGAAUAUUGCUACUCCCCUUAGAUGGGAAGCCAAUCACAGGAUUCCUCCCUGCAUUUCAUAUCAUUUCAGCAGUUCACUGGUAGCCAUUUAUACUCACAGGUGGAGGGAGAGGCACUUCAAGUGUUCAGUGUCUCACCCAAUCACACAACAUAAUGACUUAACCAGGUCCUGAGUCAAAAAUCUUUUGUUAAGAAGACCUGUUCAUCAAUCUAUGCACUACCAACUAUGUCUCCCACAAACAAAAUAAAGGAAGUGGUAAAUUUUUUCAUGAAAAGUGUAUCAUUAAUUUGACUUUUAUUGACUCUUGCAGACAUACAUUCAUUUGUACAAACAGAGGAAAACCCAGGAGCAAAUGAGGAUGCAAGUUAUGGUACCGCCUCAUGGAAUAUACCCCCCUGAUUAUGGUUUAGGUGCACAGCGUUACAGGGGGGACACAUUUCCACCUGGUAUAAUAGGUAGGUGGAACACUUUGUGCCACUUUUACAGCACUUUUUACGCUGGUUUUGGUAAUCAGACAUGCAAAAGGAAAAUUCAAAUACUAGGAAUAAAAACAACACCCAUCAAAUGGCAAUAGCUAAACAGCUACAUUAAAAAAAUUCAUUUUUUUUUGUGUGGUAUUUAAUCUAUUUUUUUUUAGUUUAGGCUAUGAAUUUGCUGCUUAACCCUUCAAUUCCUAUGAGUGACCAAGACAGAAUUUCUCCUUACAUUAUCAAUACAAUAUCAAGCAGACAAGUGAUGAGAAUAAUAAAAAACGAGUCCAAUCAGGGAAUUACUAGUUGAUCCAAUACCAAAUUCUCUGAACUAACAUCAUAAGAAUUCUAUGAGAGGCUGUGAGGGGAAUUACUUACAAGAACUUGAGAGUGAAAGGUUUUCAGGUUAAGUUGCCCAUUUGGCAUCCCGCUCAGUUUGGCCAUCAGGUAGUUUGCUUAAAUGUUGUUGUUGCCUAGUGCUGAAAAUGAGUCUCUGGGGUUCUCAUUUGACUUGUAGCUCUUGGUACUAAAGGCUCAUUUCUUUCAGGUGGGCACAGAGAUCUUUUUCCAAAUCUACCAUUUAUGCCUGGCGGCAUUAAUCCAACACCUGGCAUCUCUCCAGGGACUGGUUUGCCACGACCUCGAUUUGACCCUUUUGGACCCUUACCAGACAUAAAUCAGAAUCCUGGGCCAUCGCGACGAGGGAGACAUCCAGAUCGACACUUUAAUCCUUCAAGAGGCUUCCCUCCUGGAUUCUUGUAGAGUGACACUAUUGGGUGCAUUCUCUUGAAAAAACAAAUUACACACUAAACCACCAUGUCAAUGUUCAGCACAUGCUUCACAUCCCCUGAGUCAUCAGUGUGGAGCUGUGUGUCACAAUAAAUCAUUUCCAGUUCUGUUGGACAAUUUUCACACACUAGGGAUUUAGAGCAGUCAUGAUACAAUGCUGAGAGACGUUGAUUUAAAAGGGAGUAAUGUAUUUUGUUAGAAUUUUGCGAAAGGAUGGAUGUGUUUACCACUCUCUUACAGAACCACACCUCAAUAUCAGCAUUGCAAAUGGAAACUUAAGGAAUUUCUGUUCUCAGGCUAUGCAGAUUUUGGUUAUUUCACAUUGUUGUUUUGUAGGGGACAGCCAUGAAAUGUAAAAGUGUUCAAGUGCAGAGAUGGAGCCAUUGUUAGAUGCCAAUUAGAUCCUUUGUUUUGCAAUAUCCUCAAUGCCAUUACUGUCAUCAUUUGCUUGAGCUCCCUUCUGUGUUUCUUAGUGUGGCAUUCAAGCUUUGUUACUUUUUCAAAAUUAGUCAUCUCUUGACUAAUAUGUUUUCCCAAUUUUAGCAUCAAAGGAAAAUAUUGGUUGACAGAUUUUAAAAAAACAUUCUUGGAGAGAAAUGUUAUCCUUUAUAUGAAACCAAUGUAGUCGCCUCAGGAACAUCACCAUGGUUACACUGAGGAAUAGACAGCUGUGAUUACUGUUAGCAGUACAUUCCCAGAUCAUAAAAAUGAGUUAUGCUGUAGGAACUUGUGUGAUCUUUCUCAGAUGAUUUAGUGCUUUCUUAAUGAAGAUUUCAAACCUGAGGUUACAAAUAAAAUGUUUUAUUUUAAAAUUAAAUGUUAAAUUCUGUGAGUCAUAGUUUUGUCACCACCUGAAUACAAAGUUUUCAUUACAUGUUCAGGACUAUUAACUUUUUCGGAGGGGAGGAAACUAAUCCAAGUAAAAAUAUGAAAAUCUCGAAACAACAAAUUGUUUGAAGACCAAAACAUUAUUAUACACAUCCACACCAAAAGAGUCUUUAAUUUUUACAUGAAGAGG